AUGCUAGGCCGCAACCAGCAGCCGCAGCAGAGGAGGGCUCUAGAAAGGUUCCCUGAAUGGCGCCUGGAGCAGCGGCAGCAGCAGGUGAAGCUGGCUUGGGAUGACAUUCUAGGUGACGGGCCUGAUGAGGCUGAUGGGGCUAGGGGGAAUAAGGGGGCGGAUGGGCCAGAUAGGGCAGGUGGGGUCUUUAGUGGCAGCAGCAGCACCUCCAAACGACUGCCAGCGCGAGUGUCAGGUUCAGUGGAUGCAGGACAGGCUGCAGCAGGGAGAGGUUCGCUUGCCCGCAGAGCAGUGAAGGCAUCAGGAGCCGCAGGGGCAGCAAAAGCAACAGGAGCAGAGAAAGGCAGAGGCGGGGAGUCGGAGCACGCCGCACGGGCAGAAGGUGCGGCGGCAGCAGAGGAGUUUGACUUUGGUGUGCCGGCAGAGACAGCAGGUGAGGUUGAGCGGCGCGAGUCUGUUGACUUAGCCAUGGGCGGCAGGCCUGUGCCCAGAGGAGGGGGUAGCAAUGGCGAUGGUGGUGGUGGUACAAGGCUCAUGCAGGGCAGUGGGAGCAGCAGCACGGGCACUGAGCUGAGGGCGGGCACAGAUGAUGCAGCACCGGAAGCAGCAGGAGCAACAGCGGCAGGAGCAGCAGAAGCAACAGUAGGAGCACAAAUCCCUGAGGACUUAUCAUCCCCAUCCAGCAUCCCUCCGCACCUGUCGUCUCUCGGCCCCUGUCAGGUAUUCACCCUGCAGCAGCUACUUGCAGCUACUGACAGCUUCAGCCCGGCUCGCCUGCUGGGCCGCAGCAGCGGGGGCAGCGCUGGUGGCAGUGUGUAUCGGGGCGAGCUGAUGGGCCGGUCAGUGGCAGUCAAGAGACUGCAAGGACCGGGGAUCAUCCCCAGGGGACGGGGACCUCACGCCACGUCAGCUGCCACGUCAGCGGCCACGUCAGCAGAGGCGGAGGCGUUUUGGAGGGAGGUGGGGGUGCUGGCGGGUGCGCGGCACGCGCACGUGGUGGGCAUGGUGGGGUGCUGCCCUGAAGACUUCUCCCUCGUGUAUGAGCUCAUGGAAGGGGGGUCUCUCUGGGACCGGCUUCACCCACAGCUGCAACAGCAGCAGCAGCAGAAAAAAACCCAACAGAAACAGCAGCAGCAAGAGCAGGAGCAAGAGGCAGCCACCGCCCCGCCUCCCUCCCCUCUCCCUCCACACCUCCCAUGGCACCAUCGCCUGCGCAUCGCAUCGGAAAUCGCCUCAGCGCUCCUCUUCCUCCACUCCCACAACCCCCCCAUCCUACACUCCGACCUCAAACCCCAGAACAUCCUCCUAGACGCUCAAGGCACCAGCAAACUAGCUGAUACAGGCCUGGCGGGACUUAGUUUCUUUGGCUUGUUUCCGCAGAAGCAGCUGGAGGUGACGUUUAAAGUGAGGGGGACGUUUGGGUUCUUUGAUCCGGAUGUGGUUACCACCGGGGAGGUUACUGCGGCGAGUGAUGUGUAUGCGCUGGGCGUGGUCCUGCUGCUGCUGGUUACUGGGAUCGAGGAUCGCCUCGACAAGCGGGCGGGCAGCUGGCCGAGAGAUUUGGCUGCCCGGGCCGUGCGUGUGGCGCUGCAGUGUGUGGAGCGGCGCGGCGUGGAUCGGCCGGACCUGCAGGCCGUGGUGCACCCGACCCUGGCUGCCAUUGCUGAGGAGGCACGGGAGUUGCAGGCUCGGGAAGACGAGAAGCAGGGUCGGGACGCGCAGGCUCGGGAGGAAGUGAAGCAAGGGCAGGAGUUGCAGCUGGAAAGUCGCUUUAUCUGCCCGCUUUCCCAUCAACGGCUGCACGAUCCUGUGGUGGCAGCAGACGGAGUGACGUACGAGCGGGAGGCGAUAGAGGCGUGGCUCGCAGCACAUGACACCUCCCCCACAACCCACCUCCUCCUCCCUCACAAACACCUCACCCCCAAUCUCAUCCUGCUCGACCUGCUCUCCUCCUUGGGUCUCCUCAAUGGGUCGUAA